AUGAGCUCCAAGUCAACACUGCCCCCGCCCCCGCCUGUCGCAGCCGAUGAUGGAAGCGCCGAAAACGACAACAACACAGGGAAAAACAGUGGUGCUGACACUGCAAUGAACCUAGAUACUGAAGCUGAUCUCCAAAAUUCGCCUGGUGCGACUAAACCACAAUUCAGCAUUUUCCUUCCUUUCGGUAUUCCAUCGGAGUCAGAAGAUCAAAAUUCAUCGGGGCAGAACCAUGUCGUAGCCAACGGCAAUCAAUCGAAUGAUGGUACCCAUGUUACUGCAACUCCGGGGAAAAGCGGCGGAAAUGAGGAGACCUCGACUCCUGCCCAAGCAAAACCUGCCGAACCGAAUUCUGAAGGCAAGAAAACCCCCAAGUCUGGAGUUGCCUAUGCAUGUGCAGCCUGCUCACGAAUGAAGAUGCGAUGUGAUGGCAACCGUCCUUGUUCUCGGUGUGCUCGAGUGAAUCGAGCGUGCGAAGAUCGCAAGACGUCCAGCGGAGCUAGAACUGCAAGAACCCCUUCCUCGCAAAAGAAAGGAAACGCUGACAGUCGCUCUCCUGCUGCAAAGGCUGAUCCGAACUCAACGGACUUGCCUCCUCCUCCUCCUCCUCAGGAACAAGGAAAUGAUGACGAUGCCCCAAAUGAGGGUGAUGAAGACACAGACAAAGUCUCUAAGAAAACCAAAAAGCAGGGGACGGUGCCAGAUGGAUCUACUGUUUCAGAAAACGACAAUGGUGCGAGCGGCAAUGUGCCAGCACUCAAAGCUUUUGCUGUUCUCCUGGAGGACUCGACUUCUGGCGUCAAGAUGCAGGAAGGCAAAUUGGGUUCGAACGAAUCAGAAAAUGAGAACAGUAACUCUGCGCUCAACCAAGGUCUUCGCAAUUCCACGCCGAGAUCAAGGAGCCACUCAAGGUCCAGGAACAGCACAGCACGAAUUGUUCAAUUUCCAUCAACUGGAAUUUCUGGAGACAAGCACUUACAGUCUUCGCAGUAUACAGAUCAAUUUGUGGAUUUAUACCUCAAGCGUGAUUUUCCUAAGAUUCAAACAAUGAUUGCCUCAGGAGAAAUCAAGGGUUCUGAUGUCUUGCCAAAUCCAUAUUGCUGCACAGCGCUCAACUUUGUUCUUGAUAGACAAUUGGAGAAUGAUUUGACGAUGGAACAGACUGAAGUAAUUGCAAAACUUUUUCUCGAGCAUGGCGCAAACCUCAAUGCAUCCUCAAAUACAGCAGCAAAGACACUUGGAAAAGUAGUGGAUACUGGGAGUACCUCCUUGUUGCAAACAUUUAUCAGAAAGGGUGUUGGUCUCACUUCGCCCGUUGGUAACAUAUGCCUUCAAACAGUGCUAGCAGACAUUGUUGAAGAUCGAACUGUUCAUAACGCAUCGGAAUGGAUAGAAAAGAAGAUUGAAGGAGAGAAGUUUUUCAUCAACGACACGACUAUGUUCACAACGCAGCCUGACUCUCCUACUUGUCUGCAACUUUGUUUGCGAACGAAGUCCUUGGAUUGCCUGAAGCGGCUGUUGAGCCGAGGCAUGUUGCCCGAUCUUCAAUUCAAUGUGUUCAAGGAAAAGGAACGUCCAGCAUCCAUCGCAUACGACAUACAAGUUGCUGUUGACAUAGGAUUUGAAGAAUCUGUCGAUUUGCUGAUACAAUAUGGGGCUCUGCUGCCUCCAGGAUUCGACGAUUCCCAAAUCCAGAAGGAGCCGCAUCCUGAAGAAUUGGAAGAUGCCAUAAAGGUUUGGCGCAGCCCGGAAGUCAUGGGCGAUCUCGCGCUUCUCCCUGAGCACGCUCGGGAAGUCCUUGUGAAGCAUUUCGAGGCAGUGAAGUCAGGAGAAGCUGAUGGCGUUUCGAAGCCGGCAAGACGUAAAGGUUCGUUGGUGGCGGGCACACAGGUAGAAAUCCUGCAAGGUGGCAAAUGGGUUCGAGGGGAAGUGGUGGAUUCCAAGGACGGAGGGUCUACUUAUGAGCUGCGAAUUCUCGCGUCCGAUCCUCCUACUCUGGUUACUUUGGAUAGUUCAUGCGUCAGGGUAAAGGAUCGCAAGUAG